AUGUCUCGACCCCGCCGUGCAAAGCCUUCCAGAUUAGUCAGGAAGGAAGAUUUAAACAAAAAGAAAAACUGCCAACUGAAGAAGACAUGCAAACCAGCCAAAAAAAAUGUAGCAUCAGUCAAGACAAUGAACCCUGGAAAAUUAAAGCAAUUAACCCAAGAAAGAGAUGUUAAGAAGAAAACAGAACCCAAACCACCCAUGCCAGUCAGAAGCCUUCUGACGAGAGCUGGAGCAGCACGAAUGAAUUUGGAGAGUACUGAGGUUCUUUUUCAGAACCCAGAGUCCUUAACUUGCAAUGGGUUUACAAUGGCUCUCCGAAGGUCCUCUCUUAGCAGGCGACUCUCCCAACCCCCUGCGGUCAUAGCCAAACCCAAGAAAGUUUCAGCUCCUAAGAAUUUAGAAAAGCAACGUGAGUGUGAUGACAAGAUACUUACUAACACGGAAGUAAAGCACUCAGCAAAUGAUUCUGUCCCAGCGCAAGACCCUUUAAACCCUCCUGAUACAGAGAAUCUAAUUGGCACACAAAAUACAUCUUUAAUUAAAAGUGAGAGCCAAGGGACAACCCAAUCUCAGUCCCAAAAGGUUGAGGAUUCCAAAAUAAAUUUUCCUACUCAUAGUGACCCUGCAGCAGAGAUCCUUUCUGGGGCACUGGAAGGGACACGUGGUGGUGAAGGACUACCCUCUGAAGAGAUGUUAAACGAUAUCAGUGACUCCCCUAGAAUAUUUUCUCAGGACACUCUGUGUGCUCCUUUGCUCCAAAGAGCAGCUCUCAAGGUUACCUCUGAAGGAAAGAAUAGCAUUCAGUUAGAAGAUGUGGGUUCACGAGUAGACUCUGUUAAGCUCUCUGAUUCUUGCCUGAAUCCUGUCAAAAGUGAACAUGAUUGCUGCCCCACCUCCAGCUUUAAUAAGGUUAUAUCUGAACUGGACCUAAGAAACUAUGUGUCUUUUGGUGGGUCAAUAUAUCCUACCUCAUUAUUAAAAUUCCUCUUGGCAGGCUCAGAACAAGGAACCAUUGCUGCUAAACCAGGUGAUGUAGAGGUACUCAGAGCUACCCCCGAUCAGCAGGAAGUUCCUAAAAAUAUCCCUGUCAUAGGACAGGCCUUUAGUGCUGUCCCAUGUCAAUGGAAAGUUCCUGGUGCUAAACCAGUUCAUGGAGAAGCUCUGGGCGAGACCACAGGCCCACCUGAGACCUCUGGUGCUAUUUCAGUCCAAGGACAGGUCUUUGGUGCUAUCCUAAAUCAGCAAAUCCUUGGUAAGGGUGGUGGUACUGCCUCAGACCCACCUGUCUUUCUUCCUGCUCCUCUACACCGAAUUGCUACCUAUAAUGCUCUCCCAAAAUGGCCUGUUCCCCAGAGCACUGUUUCAUAUGGGCUUGAGGUCCAGGGCACUAUGCAGAUUCUGUCUUUGGGCUCAGGUCAGACUCCUCAACCAUUAAAAAACUCAGAGAUAAAUUCAGUACCUCCAGUAAUGGCCAUAAGCAAUACAGAAAAUGAGAAGCAAGUUCAUAUAAGCUUUCUACCAGCUAACGCUCAGGGGUUCACAUUAGCCCCUGAGAGAGGACUUGACCAUGCUUCACAGGGAAUUGUCCAACACUCCCAGGCUGGUCCCAGUAAAUUGGAAGGAGGGAGCUCCCAGAUCAAUACCACAGUGGUGUCGAGGCCAGUGUCACUUGCCAGUACCUCCUCUUCCGCUUCCUACACAACUUUGCUACCUACUUUGGAGAAGAAGAAACGAAAACCAUGUGGAGUCUGUGAGCCCUGCCAGCAGAAGACCAACUGUGGUGAAUGUACUUACUGCAAGAACAGAAAGAACAGCCACCAGAUCUGUAAGAAGAGGAAAUGUGAGGAACUGAAAAAAAGACCACGCGUCACCGUGCCUUUGGAGGUUAUAAAGGAAAACAAGAGGCCCCAGAGGGAAAAGAAGCCCCAAGUUUUAAAGGCAGAUUUUAACAACAAACCAGUAAAUGGCCCCAAGUCAGAAUCCAUGGAAUACAGUAGAUGUGGUCAGGGGGAAGAAAAAAGAUUGGAAUUGAACCCACAUCCCCCUGAAAAUGUAACUAAAAAUGAAGAAGGUAUGACAGGUAUUGAAGUGGAGAAGUGGACACAGAACAAGAAAUCACAUUUAACUGAUCAAGUCAAAGGAGAGUUUAAGGCAACUGUGACAGAAGCUGAAAAAUUGAAAACCUCUGAAGAUGACAGGAAAAAAGUCCUACUUACUGAAUUCCUUGAACCUCAAAAAUUGUUUGCACAAACUGUAAGAAAUGGCAUUAAAUAUGUACACUAUUUACCAACUGAAACAAGUGUGUCUUUUAAAAAAUUCAACAUUGAAGAAUUUGGCAAGGCAUUUGAAAACAAUUCCUAUAAACUCCUGAAAGACACUGCAAACCAUAACAAUGCCAUGAGCUCCAUUGCUACUAAUGCAAGCUGUGAUCAUCUGAAGGGGAGAAGUGAUGUUUCAGUCUUCCAGAAGCCUGACUCUAACUCCAAGACUUUUCCAGAUCCUACAAACUUCAACUUAAACAGUCAUACCGGUACACCCAAUGAAAGUGAUCAAUCAAAAUAUCUAGAAAAUUUACCAAGAAAAGAACCAAAACUUGAACCUCCAAUUCAACCAAGUCUUCUAUCCCUAAUAAAAGACAGGAGAUUAACGCUAGAGCAAGUGGUUGCUAUAGAAGCUUUGACUCAGCUUUCAGAAGCCCCUUCAGAAAAUUCCUCACCAUCAAAGUUAGAGAAGGAUAAAGAAACAGAGCAGAGUACAGCUAGUCUGCUUAAUAACUGUAAAGCUAUCCUCCAUUCUGUAAAAAAAGACCUCCAAGAACCAAAUUUACAAGGGGAGCCUCAAAACCUUCACCACUGUCCAUCUUUGGAAAAGCAAAGUGCAUGUAGCACGGUGCUGUUCAAUGGCCAAAAUAUUGUUUCCAAGUUGCACAACAGCUCAGCUACUAACCAGGCAUCCACAAAGUUACAGGAAGAUUCAAAAGUGAAAAAUUCAAUAUCUCUUUUUACACCAAAUUCAAAUUCAUCUGUAACUGAAACCAAUAAAAAUGUUGCUCCAAGUAGAAUUAAUCUUGAUAGUUGUUCCAAGAAUUUGCAUCAGUUGCCACCAACAAGUAAUAAAUUGGGGUACUGCAACCAGUCACAGGACAGCAGUAAAACGUCGGACUCAAAGGAUGAUCCAUUACGUCAAGAUACAGUUCAUAGCAAAAUAGAGGAAGAUGUUGCAACACAGUUAACACAACUUGCAUCAAUAAUUAAAUACAAUGACAUAAAACCAGAUGAAAAUAAUAUUGAAAGUACAACAAACCCUGUUGAGUAUAAUGCACAGCAAAAAUACAGUCAGGAGAGGGGCACAAUACAACAGAAACCACCUUCCAGUAUACAAAAUAAUCAUAGCUCAUCAUUAACAAAGCAAAAGAACACAACCCAGAAAAAGACUAAACCUACCCCAUCAAGAGAUAGGCGGAAAAAGAAGCCUGCAGUGCUAAGUUAUCAAGAAAAUGACCAGAAGAAGCAGGAACAGUUGUCACAUGAAUAUAGUAAGUUGCAUGACAUUUGGAUGGCAUCUAAAUUUCAAAGAUUUGGUCAAUUUUGUCCACAUGAUUUUCCUAUUCUGUUGGGAAAAAUUCCUCCUGUGACCAAAGAAUGGAAACCACUGACUCAAACAAGUUCAGCAUUAGAACACAAAAAAUUAUUUCCUCCACUUGCUCAGAUAAAAUUUGAACGAUAUUAUCCUGAAUUAAAACAGGAAAAAAUGAUGAAGGUUGAUCCAUUGGAUUCUCUCCCUAUUCCCCAGUUUCAAACAGAAUCCAGUGGACAGGCGUUUACAGAAAAAGUUUAUAAUUCUCAGGUACAGCCAAUAGUGAAUGUCAAUCAGAAAGCUCAUCCUUUACUCCAACCCUCCUCUCCAACUACGUGUGCUAAUAUGAUGGCUGAAAAUGACCAAACACAGUUCCAGCAAGAUGUUAAAGACCAACUCAUGCAUCAGAAACUGCCAACAUUGCCUGGGAUCUCUAAUGUGACCCCCUUAUUGGACCCAGCACAAAUUCUCAGGAAUGUAAAUGUAGUAUGUUCAGGUGGAAUUGCAGUGGUUUCUACCAAAAGUGAAGAGGACAUCUGUUUAUCUAGUGUUGGAGCAUCAGAAUUUUCCCCUGCAGACAAUGCACAGAAGAGUUUUAAUGAUUAUGCCAUGAACUUCUUUACUAAUCCUACAAAAAACCUGGUAUCCACAACGAAAGAUUCUGAAUUGCCAACCUGCAACUGUCUUGAUCGAGUUAUACAAAAAGAAAAAGGCCCAUAUUAUACACACCUUGGGGCAGGACCAAGUGUUGCUGCUGUCAGGGAAAUCAUGGAGAAUAGGUAUGGGCAAAAAGGAAGCGCAGUAAGGAUAGAAAUAGUAGUGUAUACCGGAAAAGAAGGGAAAAGCUCUCAUGGGUGCCCCAUUGCUAAGUGGGUUUUAAGAAGGAGCAGCGAUGAAGAGAAAGUUCUCUGUUUGGUUCGGCAGCGGACAGGCCACCACUGUCCCACAGCCGUGAUGGUGGUGCUCAUCAUGGUAUGGGAUGGCAUUCCUCUUCCCAUGGCAGACAGAUUGUAUACGGAGCUUACCGAAAACCUAAAGUCAUACAAUGGUCAUCCCACAGACCGAAGAUGCACUCUCAAUGAAAAUCGUACCUGUACAUGUCAAGGAAUUGAUCCAGAGACUUGUGGAGCUUCAUUCUCUUUUGGCUGUUCAUGGAGUAUGUAUUUCAAUGGCUGCAAAUUUGGUAGAAGCCCAAGCCCUAGAAGAUUUAGAAUUGAUCCAAGCUCUCCCUUACAUAGCUACUAUGAAAGAAUUACUAAAGGACGUAAUCCAGAAAGAAGAUAUAUGAGACCGGAAGCAAUCUGUCCGGGACACGAGGCCAUGGAAAAAAACCUUGAAGAAAAUUUACAGAGUUUGGCCACACAAUUAGCUCCAAUUUAUAAGCAGUAUGCUCCAGUUGCUUACCAGAACCAGGUGGAAUAUGAACAUGUCGCUCGAGAAUGUCGGCUUGGCAGCAAAGAAGGUCGUCCUUUCUCUGGGGUCACUGCUUGCCUAGACUUCUGUGCCCAUCCCCACAGGGACAUUCACAACAUGAAUAACGGAAGCACCGUGGUUUGUACUUUAACACGAGAAGAUAACCGUUCUUUGGGUGUUAUUCCUCAAGAUGAGCAGCUGCAUGUGCUACCCCUUUAUAAACUUUCAGACACAGAUGAAUUUGGCUCAAGGGAAGGAAUGGAAGCCAAGAUCAAAUCUGGGGCCAUCGAGGUCCUCACGCCCCGCCCUAAAAAAAGGACACGUUUUACUCAGCCAGUUCCUCGUUCUGGGAAGAAAAGAGCAGCAAUGAUGACAGAGGUCCUCGCACAUAAGAUAAGGGUUGUGGAGAAGAAAUUCAUUCCUCGAAUUAAGCGAAAGAAUAAUUCGACGACAAACAACAGUAAGGCUUCAUCACUGUUGCUUUUAGGGAAUAAAACGGAGACCUUGCAACCUGAAACAAAAAGUGAAGCUGAACCCAAUUUUAUCUUCAAAGGUUCAGACAACAUUAAAACCUACUCACUGACCCCAUCCAUUCCUCACCCAGCGAGAGAGGCGAGCUUGUCUCCAGGUUUCUCUUGGCCCCCGAAGACUGCUUCGACCACCACAUCUUUUAAAAGCAAUGCGUCAGUUUCGUGCGGGUUUUCAGAAAGAAGUACCAAUCCUCACUGCACGAUGCCUUCUGCAGGACACAGUGGUGCUAGUGCUGCUGCUGGGGAAGGCACUGGAGUUGCACAGCCUCAUGAGGUGAGUCCUCUUCCCACCUUGUCUACUCCCAUGUCAGAUUCCGGGGCUUAUUCUGAGCCUCCCACUGGUCCAUCUGAGCAGCUACCUUCUAAUCAGCCAAACCAGCAGCUCCCACUCAUCACCUCUCCUCCUGAACUUGCUUCCUCUCUGGUGGAAGAAGAUGAGCAGCAUUCUGAAGCGGAUGAGCCUCUAUCAGAUGACCCCCUAUCAGAUGACCCCCUGUCACCCGCUGAGGAGAAAUUGCCCCACAUUGAUGAGUAUUGGUCAGAUAGUGAGCACAUCUUCUUGGAUGCCAAUAUUGGUGGGGUGGCAAUAGCACCUGCUCACGGCUCGGUUUUGAUUGAGUGUGCCCGGCGAGAGCUUCAUGCCACAACUCCUGUCGAACACCCAAACCGGAAUCACCCUACGCGCCUGUCCCUUGUCUUCUACCAGCACAAAAACCUGAAUAAGCCCCAACAUGGUUUUGAACUAAACAAGAUUAAGUUUGAAGCUAAAGAAGCUAAGAAUAAGAAAAUUAAGUCCUCAGAGCAGAAAGAUCUGGCAGCUAAUGAGGGUCCUCAACUGUCCUCUGAAGUUAAUGAAUUGAACCAAAUUCCUUCUCAUAAAGCGUUAACAUUAACCCAUGACAAUGUUGUCACUGUGUCCCCUUAUGCUCUCACACAUGUUGCAGGGCCCUAUAACCAUUGGGUCUGA